UUAGAGUAGGGCUAUGCUCCGGCACCGGAUUUUCUAGGGAUUCCUUUUCUUCGCCUAACAUUUUGCCCCAACCCUAAAUUUUCCACCGUCAAGAUAGUAGCCGGAACUGCGGUAUCAAUUUUUCUUUCCUCUGUGUUAAUUACUAACACAUACUCCAUGUUUUAGGCCAUAAGGACACAGUACGCCUGCGAUUCUAUGCAUAUAUGUAAGGUGUAACUGGAAAGCGAACUUCUCGUCUCCCUAAGGAAGAUGGAUAAUGAGGUAAUCGAGUUUGAUAUAGGCUUAGGAGGUGGAGGUGGGAGCGAGGACGGGGAUGGAGAUGAUGUUCUUGACGAGGAGAAUGUCGCCAACUGUUCUCCUGUUAUUGAUGGAAAUGUUGCAACAGUUCGAAGUUACUCUCCUCAAGGGGACCUCGAUCUUGAACCAUAUGAGGGCAUGGAAUUUGAAUCUGAGGAGGCUGCCAAGGCGUUUUAUAACUCCUACGCACGCCGUGUUGGCUUCAGCACCCGCGUCAGCUCCUCCCGUCGGUCCAGGAAGGAUGGAGCCAUCAUUCAAAGGUCGUUUGUCUGUGCCAAAGAAGGAUUCCGCAAUUUGAAUGAGAAACGUACCAAAGAUAGAGAAAUUAAGCGACCACGUACUGUCACCCGGGUUGGCUGCAAGGCCGCUCUCUCUGUCAAGAUACAGGACUCUGGUAUGUGGGUGGUCUCUAACUUUGUCAAGGAGCACAAUCACGAGCUGGUUCCCCCUGAUCAGGUCCACUGUCUCCGCUCCCAUCGUCAAAUUUCUGGUCCUGCCAAAACCCUAAUAGAUACCUUGCAGGCAGCUGGUAUGGGUCCCCGCAGGAUUAUGUCUGCCCUCAUUAAAGAGUAUGGUGGUAUUAGCAAAGUUGGUUUCACAGAGGUAGAUUGUCGUAAUUACAUGCGGAACAACCGCCAAAGGAGCUUGGAAGGAGACAUACAGCUCCUCUUAGACUACCUGAAACAAAUGAAUAUCCAGAACCCUGGAUUCUUCUAUGCAGUUCAGGGUGAUGAGGACCAGUGCACAGGGAAUGUCUUCUGGGCGGACUCUAAGGCAAGAGCAAAUUAUAACUAUUUUGGUGAUACUGUUACAUUUGAUACAACUUAUAGGUCAAAUAGGUACCGGUUACCCUUUGCACCCUUUACUGGAGUAAAUCAUCAUGGACAACCUGUUCUCUUUGGAUGUGCUUUCCUAAUAAAUGAAUCAGAAGCCUCAUUCAUAUGGCUUUUUAAGACAUGGCUUGCAGCUAUGUCUGGUCAACCUCCCUUGUCAAUGACAACAGACCAUGAUGCUGUAAUUAGGUCUGCCAUCAUACAGGUUUUCCCUGAGACCCGUCACCGUUUCUGCAAAUGGCACAUCUUCAAGAAAUGCCAGGAAAAGUUGUCACAUGUCUUCCUUGAGCACCCAAAUUUUGAAGCAAACUUCCACAAAUGUGUCAAUUUGACAGAGUCUACUGAGGAAUUCGAAUCCUGUUGGCUUUCUCUUGUUGACAAGUAUGAGCUCAGGGAUCAUGACUGGCUUCAAGUGAUAUACUUAGAUCGCAGACAAUGGGUGCAAGUAUAUCUCCGUGAUGCUUUUUUUGCAGAAAUGUCCAUAACUCAGCGUAGUGAUAGCAUGAACUCAUAUUUUGAUGGUUAUGUGAAUGCGUCAACUAAUCUAAAUCAGUUCUUCAAAUUGUAUGAGAAAGCUGUGGAGAGCCGUACUGAGAAAGAAGUCAAAGCUGAUUAUGAUACGAUGAAUACAUUUCCAGUUUUGAAGACCCCUUCUCCAAUGGAGAAGCAAGCAUCCGAGGUUUACACGAAAAAGUUAUUUAUGAGAUUUCAGGAGGAGUUGGUUGCCACUCUAACUUUCAUGGCGAACAAAGUUGAGGAUGAUGGACUAGUUACCACUUAUCAAGUUGCUAAAUUUGGGGAUGACCACAGUGCUUACUAUGUAAGAUUUAAUGUUUUAGAAAUGAAAGCUACUUGUAGCUGCCAGAUGUUUGAGUUCUCAGGACUUCUUUGUCGACACGUUUUAGCAGUGUUCAGAGUGACAAAUGUUCUGACUCUUCCUUCUCAUUACAUCCUCAAACGAUGGAGCCGAAGUGCAAAGAGCAGUGUUGCAUUGGAAGACCGUGUUGCUGAUGUAAUCAAUUAUUAUUUGGAAUCACAUACUGUUCGAUAUAAUAUGCUGAGACAUGAAGCGUUUAAGUUUGUGGAGGAAGGGGGAGAGACUGUUGAUUCUUAUACUGUGGCAAUGGCUGCUCUGGAGGAGGCUUCAAAGAAGAUUUUCCUAGCAGUAAAGCAUGAAGGGAGGAUAUCUUUAGUAAAUGGACAUUGUCGAGAAAACUUGACUAGAAAUGGGGUCCAUGCAAAUUACAACAGUGAGGAUGAACAAAGAAGUCUCGCAUGUCCACUCUCUGAGGAUGACAUGGAUACGAAGAUCCAGGAGCUUUCUUAUCAACUGGAUUGUGCCAAUCAGAAUUGUGAAGUUUAUCGUGCAAAUCUUUAUUCAGUUUUGAAGGAUAUAGAUGACCAGAAGCAACAACUAUCAAUUAAUGUCCAAAGUAUUAAGCUUAGCUUGAAGGAUGGUCUCUGAAUUUCUCCUGUUGUGGUACAUGUUCCAUAAUGCUGUACAUAGUUGGUCCUUCAAUUUUUAUUGUACACAAAAAUCUCCUAGGUUGCUUUUUAUGGAAAUCUCCAUGAGCUCAUUUGGCAGGUGUAGCCUGUUGUGUUCUGUUCAAUAUCCUUAAAAGUUGUCAGCUGUUUGUUCUUAACCUAGUAACACGGUUUAUCAAUACCAUUUGACAUAAAUAAUGGUUUUAUUGUUAAAAUCUACAUGCAAGGAUAGUUUGAUGCAGUUCGAUUGUU